AGAAACAAUCUGCGGAUGAAACAAAGUCCAUCUGACUAGUGACUAGUUCUUCACUUUAUCAAGACCAACUCAGUGUGAAGUUGAAAACCAGUGAGACAGCAGCGUGUGUGGAUCCCUGUAACUUUAGUGUUAAUAUAUGUAAAAUGCACAUGUUGUGUUAUGAUAUUUUAAGUUAGCUAAUGAUAACACGCUGGGUGCCUCAUUCUUUUACCAUUUAGGGUUAUUUGGUACCAGGUCACUUGUUUCCGUAGUUCCCGGUUUCUGUCCGGACGUAUUUUGAAUCCGCAUCAAACAUGGCGGCCCCUAGCAGUCGAACAUGCUUACAGUAUUUGCUUCAUCUUGCCCAAGACAACCUUGACUUCAGGUUACCGGAGAUUAAGGCUCUGCUGUCUCUCAGAGGAAAGCCAUUUCAUCCUGCUGAAAGCUUCAAAGAACAGUCUCCUUUCUGGUGUCUGGAUGGCUUGUCUGAGGAGGAUGUCCGCACCGUCAUGGCCAGAUCUGUUUGUGCAAAGUCUGCUUUUGAGUUAUGGGGUCAUGGACGGACACACAGUGAGCUCAGAACAUCCCUCUUGAAAUAUCCAUCAGAGAACAUGACGCCCUUCAUGCAGAGAGACUCCACGUACAGAAUCAACGUGUACACCUUCAACAAGACCCUGGAGUUUGCAGACAGAAUCAAGAGGAUUGAUGCUAUGGAGUAUCUUCCGUUUGAGGGCACGGUGAGCCUGAAGUCCCCGCAGCAUAUCUUCUGUUUGCUGGAGGAUUACGGCACCGACCCCAACAACAUCCCCGAGCAUCCCUCCUACGUCUACUUUGGCCGAUGGAUAGCGGAUGGCCAGCGUGAACUGAUUCGCUCCCACAGCGUGAAGAACAGACAUUUCAUCGGCAACACCAGCAUGGACGCCGGCCUCUCUUUCAUCAUGGCCAACCACGCUAAGGUCAAAGAGAAUGACCUCGUCUUUGACCCUUUUGUUGGCACAGGAAGCCUGUUAGUAGCUUGCUCUCAUUUUGGAGCCUAUGUCUGUGGAACAGACAUUGACUACAACACUAUUCAUGGGAAAGGUAGGUCCAGCCGUAAAAACCAGAAGUGGCGAGGUCCUGACGAGAACAUCAGAGCCAACCUGCGUCAAUACGGGACACAGAGGUCCUACUUAGACGUCAUGGUGUCUGAUGCUUCUAAGCCCGUGUGGAGGGACACCGUGCUGUUUGACGCCAUCAUCACUGAUCCUCCCUACGGUAUCCGUGAGUCCACAAGGAGAACCGGCUCCCACAAAGACAUUACUAAACCUCCUGAUGACUUCUGUGGAGAGAGCCAUGUCCCUGUCUCCAUGGCGUACCACCUGAGCGACAUCUUCACAGACUUACUGAACUUUUCUGCUCACCACCUGGUCAAGGGCGGGAGGCUGGUUUACUGGCUGCCUGUCUACCGGCCAGAGUACUGUGAGGAGAUGAUUCCCCUUCACCCAUCUCUCAGGAUGAUCAGUAACUGUGAGCAGACCCUCUCCAGCCAUACGUCCCGACGCCUCAUCACCAUGGAGAAAAUUAAGGAGCCUGAGGAAUCAGAUGCAUUGGCUCACCUGUCAGACCCACGAUUCAGCCCCUACCAGGGACACAACGCCUUCAGAGAGAAAUAUUUCAGUGGACUCAACAAGAAGCUUGGCAAAGACGACAGCAUGGAUAAAGUCAAUGGGGAGGGACAGGAGGGGUGACUCGGACAAAGAUGAGGUGAAACCAUCUCAAAGCCUCAAUGGAGCCCUGCGACCAGAGCAAAGGACAGUGUAAAAUUAAAACCGUGCACAAGAACCUGGGUCAUGGUUUUCAGUGGACUCAAAAAGAGCAAAUCACUGAUAGCGUCUUUGUGAUAUUUGUAAUUAUGUUUUUAUCCUUGUAACUAUUUUUUUUUUGCAAAUAAACAGAUGAUGGUCCAGUAUUUCAA